UGUCCCGUGCAACCUAAUGCUAGAUACUAUGAGCUGUGAGUUGAGUUGAACAGACAAUUGGGAAUGAUGUCAUCAAAGAAAAUAAAUAUUGCAUCAUUCAUGAUUACAUAGUAGUAGUGCAGAGUUCAUUUCGUCCUUCAAACAAGGAGCUGAAUAAGUCAUUUAACUCAAAAUGCAAUAUUUCCUUUCAAUUAUGAUCAGUUAUUCUUUAGACAUGAACUCUCACACUAUUAAAAUCCUCACAAAAGAUAACAAGGCUGGACAAAUAUAAGUUGUGCUGUUUGAAAUCAAAUAUGACAGUAUUUCUUUGUUAUAAGCGUUUUUAAGUCUUGUAAGUGAGAUGGUAUGUCAGGUCAGGCCAGGUUGAAUGAAUAGUAUGCAACCAGCAGAGGAAAAUAUACAAUAUAACAAAAAUGUUUUAUCUUUUCUUUUCAGGUAUUACUACAUUGCUUACAAAGCUCUAGUGACAGACACAUACAACCUGAGGAACAAUGUUCAGUUUUACCCUGCUCCUGCCCUUCCUAUUGACGGUGCUGCCAACAUGCCAUGGAAGGCCUGUGCAUAAAAAUGUGUUUGUCCAGAUCAGAACUAUCAGCAACAAAAUUCAAUCACAUAUUGAUACGAACCCCAUCUCCUCAAAAAUGAUUUUCAUGCUCCCGGACGUGGUACCAGAUAAACAGCCCAUCCAAGGCAUUGGGUCAGUUGUGGAGACUCUAAGGGCCUUCCAGGCAAUCUGGGACAGUCUUCAAGAUCAGAACCCAGAGCUCAGUCCCGACCUCAGUCCCGACCUCAGCGGACUAUGUCGCUACCUAGAGCGAGAGAUGACCAACCGACACUGCCCUGCCAGGAAACCAAGGUCGUUCAAGGACCUGGACACCUUCCUGAAGAACCACCAAACCUACAGCACGCCCUUGAGGCAGGCAGUACUGCCGAGGCUGAAAGACUAUAUAAACAGACUCCUGCUGACUCCAGAUACGCUUAUGACAUGUUGAACAGACAGCUGGCCCGUCAUAACCACUUAUGUAUUUUUAAAAUUCAGAUUGUGAUAUUUAAAUUAUUUGUUUUGUGUUUUCCAAUACAUAUUUUACAGAGCUCAAGCUUGUUGUAACAGACUGUUCUCCAAGACCUUAACAGAUGAUCUUACAGGUCAAUAUGUGGGGGGAGUGGGGUGUCUCCUGUUCGACCUCACUCCCUUCUCAAGUACAAUGUUGUACAUCAUUAAGUUAUAAUCUUGUUUUGCUCUUUUGCACAUUGUGCUGGCACUGUGGCAUGCAAAGGUCUUCUCUUCGUGUCUGAAGACACCAUGCAAUGUUGUCAGAUUCAUAAUCAGAAAUAAGUCUAGUUUUCUGAUCUUAAAAUCUUUUGUAUUUUUCAAUGACAUGUGACCAUUUCUAUGACUUGUGGCAUGUGGUUGCCUUUUUUUUAUAAACAAAUAUGUAUUUGUAUGUAUUUUCAUCAGUCUGUAAUUUUAUAAACAAUAUUGUGCAGGGUACAAAAUAAACCUCUCUUUUUAGUUAAGUUGGUGUGGACCUCGUUGGAAUUGCACUAUUCAACAUUAAACACAAGACAUCCUCAGUCAAACCUACACACACGCAAACAGAAAUGUUUGUCCAACUACCCCUGCAGUUUUACCUUGAGGCAGACAUAAACACACACACACACACACACACAGCCUCUCUUGGGUACAGCCUUACAUGCUGCUGACUUCAGCUUUGAGCCUGUGCGGUGAUGUCACAGUCUUUCCAGAAAUCGGUCACUGCUCCCUGCCAGGAAUCCUCAGGCCAUUGAUUUCAUCACAGCCAGGCAGCUCUCCCAGCUUUAUCACAUUACUACUGUGACAACAGCUUUAUAAAAUCAAAACACUAACACAUUUGUGUACAUUUAUGUAAUUGAUAGACAAAAAAGCGGUUUUGUAGGAUGCUCAAAUAUAUAGGAAGAGCGACUACACCAGAAAGACUGGUUUCAUGUUCCACUCCCCCAACACAUUUUCCUUUUCAUUCUAUUCGUCUAUUUAAAUACAGUGAGUUAGGUAUGGAUCACACAUAAAACCUUGAUCCUUGUCUGGCUGCAUUGGUAUGCUCCUUAUUCUGGGACUUCAGAAGCACUUGUAUUUUUUCAGGUUGACCUAGAAUUGUUCUAGGGAGCGAAACAAUCUCCAAAUUCUUUUGAAACUGGCAUGCUAACGUUUUUUAAAAGCAUCAGAUGGUGUGUAAAACAUUAAUGUGUGGGCCUGUCAUGGACGGCAGACUGGAUCUGGAAUAUGGAGGUUAUGCAGUCACUGUGUUUGUACACAGCACAUAAUCAAACGCUGAAUGCAGACGCAACGUUCCUCUCGCAACAUGAUGUAAAUCCACUGAUAUCUAAGUACUUUGAAAACAACCACCUGGUCACAGGUUUGAAUUUUAAAAAAAAGGACAUAUCCCUUUCCGGCAGAUGCACAAUGCCUUUUAAGGCACAAAGGGAAAGGCUGAUCGGAACUGUUGCCCAAUCUGAGGGUAUCAUAGGGCUCUGGGUAUUUGCACGAGUGACAUGACCUGGGUAAUAAAGGGCAACGGAUUGAAAAGUGUUCAAAUUGGACUUCCGUUCCAUGUGCAAUGAAUAAAAUUAUGAUCACAGAAGUCAACCAUACUGCCUUUACAGUAGCCAGUGGUUUUAAAAGUGAAACAGCUACUGUCGUUUCAAGAGGCCUAAUAAAAGCACAUUUACUACACUGAGCCAAUGAGUGUACUUAGACAGACCAGGGUGAUGGAUCCAUGAGUGUAGCGUGACUACGCAGUUUGUUGGGUAAUAUGGGCAAAAAACACUUCUGCAGAAGUGCAGUGAAAGGACAACGAAUGCACGAGAGAUGAGGUCACCCUGCACUUUGUGAUUUGGUGUGGGUUUAGC